AUGAACUUAGCUCGUUCAGAGUCCCAGGACACUUUGUCCACGUUGAUCUCCACGUCUCAGGCCAACGCGUCUGACUUGGUAUCGGUAUUCACUGCUACUUCGGACGAAACUUUACUUCCCUUGGAUAAGUUGAUUUUUGGCAAGUCAAUAAGUGGUUAUACUUCAUUAUAUGAAUUGCCAAUUGUAUCUAAUUUCCUAAGUCCCGGAAUAUCGCUAUUCAAGUCAUUUGAAUCAUUUGAACUCAACGAGGCUCCUAUUUUAACCAUACAAACGUCGGUAUUAAGUAUAUUCAAGAAAAAUAGUCCCUUAUCACAAAUCACAACAGCUGAUAAGUCAAUUUUUUGUAAAGUUUAUUUCAAAAUAUUGAAUAAUAAUUUAACUUGUCAUAUUUUACAAUUUCAAACCCUACCUUAUACUUUAAUUUUAUAUAAUAAUGGUAUUAAAUCAUGUAUUGAUUUAUUAUAUAAAAAUACUAAAUUGAGAAUCAGUGGCACUUCCUCUUCCACGUUCGGGAACAGCUUAAUAUCCAUCAAACCAUUGACUUCGAAUUCGCCAUCUUUAAUCGAUGAUUUACAAAUUAAACACUCUGAAAAUCCAAAAAAUUUUAAAAUCUUACAAAAUGGGGAACUAUUCGAUUCGCUCAUCAAACAAAAUAAGAAAAAAAUUACUGAGUUGCUAAAUAAAGAAAGAUUUCUCUGUGGUAAUGUCCCUUUAGCCUGGUGUAUCGAUAAUGAAGGUGGUGGCAAAGUAAGUGCUUCCAUUAAAAUGUUUGCUGUUCCUUCCAAUUCCCCCGACUUGGAUGACGAUUCCAUGGUUCUCUGCUGCAUUCUCCUAGUACUACGUGAACAGGAAAUAAGAAAGAUGAGAGGUAAGAAUCAAGCCUCCUAUAUAAAUCAAAGAGAAUUAAGGUGA